AUGCGACUGAGUUCUUGGAGUGCCCAGGCUCGAAGUUGUUUCGAAGACUACCACAAUCAUAUGGAAGACGUUUUGGAAGCAGUUAAUUUUGUUCUAGCCGGAAAGAUCUCUCCGAGAAUUCUCAGUCCAAAAAGGAUUUCAGAAGCCAUAAAAAAAUUCAUUAAAAAUAAUCCACAACAUCAAUUUCCAAUAACUGUUAAGGACCUCUACAAUGAAAAAGCUUCUCAGAUAAUGAAACUUAAAUAUGAAUCACUUAAUGAUAAAUUAAUUUUGACACUUCAAAUACCACUAAUACAGCAAUCAAAAUACAACUUGUACAGACUUCACGCUUAUCCCUUCCAACAAAUCUUUGGGAAUAACACCAAGGGUUCAGCUUAUAUCCAACCUCGAUCUGAUUACUUGAUGAUGUCUGCAAACCACGCGAGCUACUCGCUGAUUCAAGAGAAUGAACUUAAACAAUGUAUAAAAUCGGAAGGAUCAUAUAUUUGCAAACCAAAUUUUGUAAUAUAUGAAACUGCCGUUCAUUCUGCAUGUGAAGCUGACCUACUCACCAACUCAGAUUUCGAAUCAUUCCAGAGAUGUGACAUAAGACUCAGCAAGACCCACUAUUUUUACUGGAAAUCCUUAGAAGAAAUUAAGGGCUGGAUCUACUCUAUACCACAUCUGAGCUUACUUCAGGUCCAAAAUCCAGGAAAACCUACAGAAUAUGUAAAGAUAUCCGGCACCGGAAACUUAAGUCUAAGCCCUGAGGCUUCCAUACGGAUUGGCUAUGUAAAUUUAUUCGGAUCUGCAGAUUCAAACCUCGAGAUUCCGCUUCAAUCACAACCUACCAUUGGACUAAACGUAACACAACUAUUCCCAGAAAUAGACAAUUACGAACCUCUCAGCUUUACCAACUAUACGAACAACAACUCUACAAAUCUGCCUCUCAUCGACUCAUACGGAGUUUUAUCCUACGAUUUUACCUUGGAUCAAGUAAAAAGAGAACUGCAAACAACUAAUUUGCCCAAAAACCAAAACUUUUUACCCCCUUAUUUCUUGCAUGGAAUAGUACUAGGAAUAAAUUGCCAACCUUAG